CGACGUCGGCUUUGUCCUCCUACUUGCUCGUCAAAUAUCUGCUAUCACUCUUUUCACCGACAUAAAGCUUUGACACGUCGAUAUACAAUCCCUUUGAUUAGCCCACCACUACUAGGUUACCUGUUGGGACCCGCGCCUGCGGAUGGAAUGCCAGAAUUGCGAACUGAAGCAGCGUCAGUUUUACUGCGAGAAUUGUCUAAAGCAACACCUACUAAGUCUUCGAGUGCAAACCAAACAUGCUGCUGCCGACCGCGACAACCACAUCGCAUCUGCGCAGAAGGCGCUCGAGUCGAUCGUCGACCCUGCCCGCUUGAGGAGAGCAGAUUUGAAGGGCGGAGAAGAGAGAGUACAGGAGAUCUGGGCUGCGGUGGACGAGGCUAGGAAGGCGAACGACAAGACCCGCGAACGUCUGAGGACCACUCGCGCAUCUCUGUCUACGAGACGAAGGACACUGGCAAUUGCCUCCUCGACAUUCCACAACUCGACUGGAGCUUACUACCCGUCGAGCACACCCAGUUCUGCGUCGGCCUCGCCGCCCGGUCACUCACCAACGCCCCCUGGCUCGUUCCCUCAUGCAGCUUCUCCCCUUGCCUCUUUACCUCAAGCCAUUCGACCAACUACCCAUCGACGCGGCUCAUCCUCGUACUCAGCAUCCCCUCUGUCCUCUACCCCACCUGCCGGCGCCUCCAUGUCGCGUGCCCCAACAGCCCAACGGGUCGCAUCGUCACCACAGGCCGUUAGAGGUGUUCUUAUUUCUCCGCCGACCGCUUCCGCGCCGUAUGCGCGUGGGGCACACGAGCGCGGCGCGGACAUGCUUGCGCGCCAGAUUGACGAGACGAAUCACCAGUUAGCGGCGCUUGGGGACACGAUCGCGCGUGCAAGGGCUGGGCUCGUGCAGGAGCUUGUGGAAGUGUUCAGUGUUGUCGAAGUCGGUGGUCGUCCGCCCAUUGGAGGCAAGGCAGGCACGAAGGGCGAAUGGACCAUUGGCGGCCUGGUGUUACCUGUACCCGGAGAUAUGCGACGAUAUCCGCCUGACCACAUUAAUGCCGUCAUCACACAUACUGUUCACUUCCUUACAUUGCUCGCAUUUUACCUCGGCGUCAGGCUGCCCUUUGAGCUCGUAUGGAGUCAGUCCACUCCGCCACCUCCCGUGGGCGCAAGCAAGGGGAUGGGUUUGCUCGGCGUGGGCGUGCCUUGGAUUGGUGCGGUCAAGGGUGCUGAGAACGGCGGAUGGGCAAGGUGGUCAACGAAGUACCCACUGCACGUCUCAUCAUCUUCGCCACCUUCCGCCUCAUCCGCCUCCGGAUCCUCGCCAUCGUCCACUUCAGCCUCUUCGUCCCGGCCCACCUCGCGUCGUGCGAGCACCACUAUCUCUACUCCCCCGAACAGCUCCACGGGACGCGCACGCUCCGGCUCGCUCUCCGCGUCGAUGGCGGACUCCCAGAUCGAGGCAGACGUAGCUGAGCCCGCCGCACCAGGCGGUGCGUUCACGACAGCGCUGGCGAUGCUCGUGUAUGACGUGUGCUACCUCGCACAUACGCAGGCUGUUGAGGUGCCGCUCGCUCAGGCGGGCGAGGUUCUGGGCAACUUGUGGGCGGUGUGCUGCAGCCCAGAGCUGGGGAGGAAGUCGCAUGCCACACGACCUCUGCUUGCUCCGCCGACCCCGCCGAGCUUCCCGCUCGACUUCGCGCAGCUCCUGCAGGCGACGGCUGCUAACCCGACGCGGCCGAAGGCACGCGGCACAGGUGGCCGCGAGCGCCGGACGGAGAGAAUCGUCGAGGAGGAGGAGGACGGCUGGGACUUUGUCGAGGCUAGCAUGGAAUAGACACUCUAUUGUGACGUGUGCCGCCGCAUCGAUUUCAUAUGAUCAGAAUGACGUGUAGCAUAUACUAAGUAUAGUCAUGGAUGCUGUAUCGUAUAGACUCGUAGAUGUAUUUUGCAUAUAGUGAUGACAGCUUUGCAUAGCA